UCAUGUGAGCAAGCUCACAGCUGUUGAUUAGAUCAGUAACUUCAACAAAGUAGUGAGUUUCUUUAAAUAAGGACAGCUUAGAAAGACCACCAACAGUCUUCAAAAUCUGCUAAAGCAUGAUGGAUGUAAAACUGAAAGCAAAGUCAGAUGCUGCACUGUAUUUUUAUUUUUGCUUUGUGUGCAAAAAUGCACAUCUUCCUAAACAACAGGAACUGCCCUAUGUGGUCAGAUGUGUGUUAGGGUAGGAGAUCAUAGGCCACACUACCCUACAGAGCAGCAGUUAGAGAACUUGCUCUCCAGUAGCUCACUAACACCUUCAGAAUAAAAGCAGGGCCCAGAGCAACCAAGAACUGAAGAAUUUCCAGAAUGAGUCAAGCUGAGGAAAGCAGUAUCCACUCAACAUGGAAUAUUGUGAGGUCAGUAGUCUGCAUAAUACUGAGCUUGUCAUUUAUUAUUGGGACCCCUGGAAACUGCAUCGUCAUCUGGACUGUUUGUAGAAAAAUGAAGCAAGUGUCUCUUUCAGUGCUGCUGAUCUUGAACCUGGCCAUUGCUGAUGUCCUCGUGCUGAUCACUUUACCAAUCUGGAUUUACUCCUUUGCUGACUCAUGGGUUUUUGGAGUCAUCUUCUGCAAAAUACUGGUUUUCAUUAUUUACUGCAGCAUGUAUGCAAGUAUAUUUCUAAUUACAGCACUGAGCUUGGAGAGGUUAGUGGCUGUGUUUUACCCUUUCACAAUUCAAAGAUACAAAAGAAAAGAAAAGAUUUCUUUAAUCAUGUUCCUCAUUUGGUUCCUGUCUAUUACUUUUGGCAUUUCUGUCAUUCCCUUUCAAGAGACAGAAGAAAUGAAUGGUCAACUGCUCUGCACAUGUCGCAGCUACUCUUCUAACAGACAGAAGGUGUCAUAUCUUUUGCUGGAGACUCUUGCAGGUUUUGUAAUCCCUUUUUUAAUUAUUUGCACUUGUUAUGUGUGUGUGGCCCGAAGGAUAAGCAGGAUGACUUACCAAUCUAAGCAGCGAUCAGGCCGGCUCAUUGCCAGCAUCGUGGUGGCAUUCCUUGUGUGCUGGUUCCCUCACCACGCCUUCAACAUCCUAGAUGUUAUUUCCAUCGAAAUAGAACUCUCUCAUGAGGAAAUGUCUUUGGCACUGGAUGAAAUUGUAGACAAAGGAGUGUACAUCUCUGGAGCACUUGUGUUCAUCAGUAGCUGUAUUAACCCUCUGCUUUAUGCUUUUGCUGCACGAAGAUUUCAGAAUCACCUGAGAUUUGCCAAGAUGUCAAAGCUGUUUGAGCAGAUGAGUCAGACUGUGACAGAGGAAGACAAGAAAAGAAGUUUGGUUGUAAACAAACAAGAAGAUGCUUUAGUAGGCACAGAAAAUCUCUAACAAGGAACUCGUUGAUUAAUCUGUGAUCGGAAGAUCACAC